AUGAAAAUACUUCUGCACUCCCACUUCCCAGCAGGCCAUGCAUAUCCCAUGCAAGCUGUGGCACAGUCCCUCGUCCGUCGAGGCCACGAGGUCGUCUGGCUCACCAGCGCCGACAAUGAAGCUCGCGUGCGAGCCGUGGGAGCUACCUUUGUCGCAACACACGCUAUUGCCAUUGUGGACGCUCCUCUGAUAGCUCAACACGAGACUGGUAUUCUGGACAAGGUGUACAAGCGGCUUGAAAUCAGGCUCAUUGCGCAAGUGAGCGAUUAUCGUCGGGUAUUGCGGGGUUUCAAAGCAGAUGUGCUGCUGGUCGAUGUGAUGCCCUACGGCGCAAGAGCCUUGUACGAACUCGGCGAGAUUCCUGUGUAUGCGACACUGGGCGUCAUUCCCAUGUACAUGUCGAGUUGGGGUGCACCGCAGGCCGUUUCGGGGGAUAGUCCUUCGACGUCGUUGCUUGGAUUGAUCUGGAACUUUCUACAUCAUCUUGUUAGCCAAUGGAUUCUCUUUCCAUUGCUCCUGCGACCCGUGAUAAACGCCCAGAGACAAGAGAUGGGAUUGCCAAACUUACCAUACGGCGAGCCUACCGAGUCUUUCACUUACAGCCCCUUUCUUCAUAUCCAAGCGUCGUCUCCGUUGUUGGAGUUUAGGUUGCUGCCGAAGCCAAUCGAGCAGAAGCGGAACACCAAAUUCGUUGGCCCAGUUGUCACACAAAUUGAAACCAGCUAUGUGCAGCUGCCUCCCCAAUGGGACGAGAUAGUGGCACAUCCCCGUGUAGUUGGCAUUACACAAGGCACAUUGGCAAUGGACCCGACGUCGUUGAUAAUACCAGCCAUCGAGGCCCUCUCAGGCGAUCCUGAUCUUCUCCUUGUCGUGGCAUCACCCCACGUGGAGGAGAUCACAUCAAGAAUAGGAGAGCCGUCCAACGUACGAUUCAUCAAAUGGAUCCCAUACCACCUCUUCCUCCCACAGCUUUGUCUUCUCAUCACCAACGGAGGUUACGGGAGUAUAACGCAGGCGUUGUCACACAAAGUACCCCUGAUUUGUGCUGGACAGACAGAAGAUAAAAAGGAUACGGCGGCUCGUGUGAGCUGGGCCAGGGCCGGCAUUGACUUGAAGACGGACAGUCCAUCAACUGAGCAAGUGAGAGUGGCGGCGAGGACGAUACUGGAUGAUCGAGGGUACGCGGAGAGGGCUGGGGUCUUGGGUGAUGAAUUGAACGAGCUUGGAGGAGCGGAUCGGGCUUCGGAGCUUUUGGAGGAAUUGGUCGGCUCUAAAAAGGGAUGA